AGUCUCAUUUCCCUCAUCCAUCUGAUUCCUUUAGGCAUUCUGAUAACAACCAUUGCCUCAAAAGGAGAAUUACAGAAUUGGCCUGAACUCUUACCAAAGCUUUGCGGUCUUUUGGAUUCUGAAGAUUACAAUACCUGUGAGGGUGCUUUUGGCGCUCUUCAGAAGAUAUGUGAAGAUUCUGCUGAAAUCUUAGAUAGUGAUGUAUUGGACCGACCACUCAAUAUCAUGAUACCUAAGUUCUUGCAGUUCUUCAAGCACAGCAGUCCAAAAAUAAGAUCUCAUGCUGUUGCAUGCGUCAAUCAAUUUAUCAUCAGCAGAACUCAAGCUCUUAUGUUGCACAUAGAUUCUUUUAUUGAGAAUCUUUUUGCACUGGCUGGUGAUGAGGAGCCUGAAGUACGCAAAAAUGUUUGCCGUGCUCUGGUAAUGUUGCUGGAAGUUCGAAUGGAUCGCCUGCUUCCUCAUAUGAUUAGUAUAGUUGAGUACAUGCUUCAGAGGACCCAGGACCAAGAUGAAAAUGUGGCUUUGGAGGCUUGUGAGUUUUGGCUGACUUUGGCUGAACAGCCAAUUUGUAAAGAGGUGUUAUGUCGGCAUCUUACUAAGCUGAUACCUGUGCUGGUAAAUGGUAUGAAAUAUUCAGAGAUUGAUAUUAUUUUGUUGAAGGGGGAUGUUGAAGAAGACGAAGCUAUUCCAGAUAGUGAACAGGACAUAAGACCUCGUUUUCAUCGUUCACGGACAGUGGCUCAGCAACAUGAAGAAGAUGGUAUUGAAGAUGAUGAUGAUGAUGACGAUGAACUUGAUGAUGAUGAUACUAUUUCUGACUGGAAUUUAAGGAAGUGUUCUGCUGCUGCUUUAGAUGUCCUGGCCAAUGUAUUUCGUGAUGAACUUCUGCCACACAUUUUGCCCCUUUUGAAGGAAUUACUCUUCCAUCCUGAAUGGGUAGUUAAAGAAUCUGGUAUCCUUGUUCUUGGAGCAAUUGCUGAAGGCUGCAUGCAGGGGAUGAUUCCGUAUCUUCCAGAGCUGAUCCCUCACCUUAUUCAGUGCCUCUCCGACAAAAAGGCUCUUGUGCGCUCCAUUACAUGCUGGACUCUUAGUCGCUAUGCACACUGGGUAGUUAGUCAACCCCCGGACACAUACUUGAAGCCAUUAAUGACUGAGUUGCUAAAGCGUAUCUUGGAUAGCAACAAGAGAGUACAAGAAGCUGCCUGCAGUGCCUUUGCUACUCUAGAAGAGGAGGCUUGUACAGAGCUUGUUCCUUAUCUUGCAUAUAUACUUGACACUUUGGUCUUCGCAUUUAGUAAAUACCAGCAUAAAAACCUGCUCAUUCUUUAUGAUGCUAUAGGAACUCUAGCAGAUUCUGUAGGACAUCAUCUAAAUAAACCAGAAUAUAUUCAGAUGCUAAUGCCUCCAUUAAUCCAAAAGUGGAACAUGCUGAAGGAUGAGGAUAAAGAUCUCUUCCCUCUAUUAGAGUGCCUGUCGUCAGUUGCUACUGCCUUGCAAUCUGGCUUUCUUCCAUACUGUGAACCUGUGUACCAGCGUUGUGUAAAUCUGGUGCAGAAGACACUUGCACAAGCCAUGUUGCAUAAUGCUCAGCCAGACCAAUAUGAGGCUCCAGAUAAAGAUUUCAUGAUCGUGGCUCUUGAUUUACUCAGUGGUUUAGCUGAAGGACUUGGAGGCAACAUUGAACAGCUAGUGGCUCGUAGUAAUAUCCUGACGCUAAUGUACCAGUGCAUGCAGGAUAAAAUGCCAGAGGUACGGCAGAGUUCUUUUGCAUUGUUAGGUGAUCUGACAAAGGCGUGUUUUCAGCAUGUUAAGCCUUGCAUUGCUGAUUUCAUGCCAAUUUUGGGAACCAACCUAAACCCUGAAUUCAUUUCUGUGUGUAACAAUGCCACCUGGGCAAUUGGAGAAAUCUCCAUACAGAUGGGUAUAGAGAUGCAGCCUUAUAUUCCAAUGGUGUUGCACCAGCUUGUAGAAAUAAUUAACAGACCCAACACACCAAAGACGUUGUUAGAGAACACAGCAAUAACAAUUGGUCGUCUUGGUUACGUUUGUCCUCAAGAGGUGGCCCCCAUGCUACAGCAGUUUAUAAGACCCUGGUGCACCUCUCUGAGAAACAUAAGAGACAAUGAGGAAAAGGAUUCAGCGUUCCGUGGGAUAUGUACCAUGAUCUCGGUCAACCCCAGUGGAGUAGUCCAAGACUUUAUUUUUUUUUGUGAUGCUGUUGCAUCAUGGAUUAGCCCAAAAGAUGAUCUCCGAGACAUGUUCUGUAAGAUUCUUCAUGGAUUUAAAAAUCAAGUUGGGGAUGAGAAUUGGAGGCGUUUCUCUGACCAGUUUCCUCUUCCCUUAAAAGAGCGCCUUGCAGCUUACUAUGGAGUUUAACCUCAUGCACUGUAGCUGCAAUCCCAUAAUUAGAGGUCCUUCAGUCUGGGAGACUAUGAGGGAGCCUCUGCACCCAGGGAAAAUGUUACCCUUUACUGGGGGGAAGGGUAAACCAGUAGGGAAUACAGUACAAUCCCAACCCUACUGGGAGGGGCGGGAGGGAGGUGUUGCCGUCACUGUAUUAAGUCGAUGUUGGGAAAUGUUUUAACAUCUGGAGCCUUUGUGGGUGGAAAUCUGUCUCCUAUUACAACUCUGCACUGGAUGUGAAGAAGAAAAAAAAAAAAAAAAAAAGAAUCUAGUCACAAAACAGCACAUUUUGGAAUACUGUGGGGAAUUAUACCAAAAUAAGAACCAUAGAAUUGAACCAUAGGGAUACGUAAAGAGGAAAACUAUUUUGCGCACAAUAAAAGAAACCUAAGAAUGGGGGUCACAAACAGUAAAAGGCUUUCUUUUUUUCUUUUAUGUUUUUUAAGUAAGGGUUUUCUACAUUAUUUCAUCCUGCUUGAUGGGAUUCCUAGGUAUUUGCAUGUUGAUGAAGAACUACACAAAUGAAGUUAGUACAGUUAAAAUGCAGCUUGUGUCUGUUAGGAGCAGGCACUUGCAGUGUACACUAUAGAAACCCCAUCAUAAAGUAAUAAGGUUAAGUUGGACAAAAUGAAGCAACCUGCAAGCUGCCAAAUGAGUCACUCCUUUCAUGUUUAGGAUAAGGGGAGGGUCACUUCAAAGGAAAGGUUGACAUUUUAAUUUUUAACAUUAAAAGAAUUAAAGUAGUGGAUAUGAUUUAAUUAUUGUACUUCAUUAGAUUUCAUUUAUAGAGUAAGGCAUUAUUCUUAACGUGCAGUUUAAGGUUCAGGCAUGCAUUCUGGCUCAUAGUGAUCAGAAGUAACUUUAAUUAGUGGGGAAGUAGCAUGCUUGCAUCACAUAGAGUGAAAUUGGUAUACAUUUACCUAUGUUGCGCCAGUUUUGUGUUGCAGUUUACCAAUUCAAUAUAGCCCUGCAUUUAAAAUUCCUUUUAAGAUUCUGUGGAUUUUAUUUUUAUUAAGAAUAUAGAUAUAAAGUACUGUAGUUAACAAUUAGGCCUUGAAAUACCUUUUUAGGAUCUGUUAAGAAUAAGAUUGAUAUUGUAUUGUGUGUAACCUGCACAAUGUGGAAAGCUGAUAUAGCUGUGCAAAAUACUUGCCUCUGUGCUGUCAGUGUGAUGUGCUUUCUGCAUGGUUAUAUACUAGUGAAUUUAUCAGAAUCUCUAAAAAUGAGUUACAUGGUAAGACCCGUUAAAGGCUGCAUAAAUGUUAGUUGGCACGUAAAGACAAUUGUAGAAGUUGAUGACAUGAUUGCUCUAUUUGUGUUUAUUCCCACUCAACAUAUUCUACGCUUUCUUUUUGUUCAAAGCAUGAUCUUAAAGAGAUGUUUAAGUUGAUGGAUGUAAUGCAGGGUAUCUACACUGUAUCGGCGCAUGUUGGUGGCCCUUUGUGAUGUAGUUAAAUGCACAAGGGUGCAAGUUUAAAGCUACGGAGUGAAAGUUGGUUUGGAUCCUCUUCAUUUCAUUUGUUUAGCUUUUCUGUUGUGUUUUGUUUUUUUUUUUUCCCCUCUACUUACAUGUAUUCCUGUGAAUAAAUCCUUGUUAAGUUAACCCUUUA